AUGGCUGCACAACAUUUGAUUGAUGGAUUUUCAAUAGAAUUAUUAGAUGGAGAUGCUGGCGUUCAAAGUUCUGGUAAAUCAACUCUACUGAACAUUAUGUUUGGUGAACACUUCCUUUCAAGUGUUGGUCGGUGUACUCGUGGCGUUAAUAUCCAAUUAAUUAAAGUAGAAGAUCGUGAUGAAUACGAUUAUAUAUUAUUAAUGGAUACUGAAGCGGAUGCAGCAAUAGCUCUUGUCAACGGAGAACAAGAUGAAACAUUGAAAGACGUUCUUCCUAUUGUGAUGUUAGCUUAUCAACAAUCUGAACUUGCUGAAAAUUAUGGUAGUGAACUAGCCUCCAUGAUGUUCUUUGUGUACUGUCGUGUUGAUGUGAAACAAAUUGGUCAUCUUAUACCUAAUGUUCAAGAACUAUUUCGUAGUUUAACAACAUCGUUCCAAUCAUUACAAUCUUCUAUCAAUUUAAAUGAAAGUAAUCAAACAGAAUGCACAUUAUUUCGAGAUUUUCGAUUAGAUAUAAGUCAUUAUAACGAUGGUGAUAUUCGAUUUCUUGGCAACAUCAAAAACAAAGAUGGCACUGUAGAUACAGAUUAUGGUAUAGCUGUAACAAAAUUGCGCGAAUAUAUUCAUAGUCGUGUUACUUCAUCUCAAACGGCAUCAGGAUGGAAAUGGACAGCUCGAACUUUAAAUGAUUUCACUGAAUUUAUAGGUACAGUUUGGCAAUGUAUAAUAUCCUGCGACUUCAAUUUAACAUUUUCAUCAGCAAAUGAAAGAAAAGCCUAUGAUCAAUUAGAUACACUCUUAGCAGAAGCAACACAUAAAUAUGAUUCUACUUAA